CUCUCUCUCCUCUGCCCCCAAUUUCAGCAGAGAAUUCACAACUUUCUACUUAUUAAUCCUCCUCGACAUUAUUUCACUUUCUCAUUCAUCUUCUUUGUCUCUUUCAAUUUUCUGUUAAAACCCUUCAUCAUCAUCAGCAUCAUCAUCAUCAUCUUCUAUCCACCGAGAAAAAGCUAUCAAUUUGUGGAGGAAAUCAUAUCUUUUUUCUCUUUUCUUUCAAAACCUAACCCACCAACUACCAUUUCCCUGUUUCUUCCAAUCUUUUAACAAUCUGGUUUGACCCUUUCCUUCAACCCAUCAAAGUAGUAGAUUUGUUGAGGGAUUGACAUAAAUCUCUGUGAUUCUGAAUUGUAAUUCAAACAUCUGUGAGGAUAUUAUUCGUCUUUUUGUAGUUGGUUUUCGUGGUGGUGUAAUUUAUGAGUUCCCCUGUGUUUGGUUUGAUGGAAAAUUGCGGUGAAAUCGUGGGGGAAAAUUGAGGUUCUUUGUUCUUUUAUUGUUGAAGAUUGAUAUGCUUGAGAAAUGAGAAGAACCCAAAUGAGUGAGAUGGAGAUCGCGGUGGACUGCGAGUGCUUGGAUGAAGAGAAAUUGUAAUAGAGGGAGGAAAAAAAAGCCGAGAAAGGAAAACUAGCUGAAUUUUUUAGAGUUUUGUAUUAUUUAGUCAAUAUUUUUUUGGGGGCUUUGUUUGUAGUUCAAUUAGGCUUACCCACAUGGCACUAACAGAGGAUUCAAAAUCCAAGAUGAUGGGUCGACUCAUUGACUCAGUGAAGGAGAUUUGUGGAUUACCUGAAUGUAAAAAUGUUUGUAAGAAGAUGCAUGGGAAUUUGAUACGGAGAAUCAAGCUCUUGAGCCCUUUGUUUGAGGAGUUAAAAGAUAGCAAUGAAGACCUAGGCGAAGAAGCAGUUAAAGGCUUUGAGUUGUUGAGAAUUUCUUUAGAUUCGGCCAUGGAGCUUCUCAAAUCGACCAAUGAGGGAAGCAAGGUGUAUCAGGCCAUACAAAGGGACAAGAUAGCGCAUAAGUUUUGCCAAAUUACUGGAAAAAUUGAAGCAGCAUUAAGUGAGAUUGCGUAUGAUAAACUUGACUUAUCAGAGGAAGUUCGAGAACAGAUUGAACUUGUGCAUACUCAACUCAGAAGGGCUAAAGAAAAACCAGAGUCCCUGGAUUCACAACUAGACCUUGAUUUAGCCUUAGCACAGAGAGAAAAAGACCCUGAGCCUGCAGUAUUGAAGAGGCUUUCUGAAAAGCUGGAACUAAAGACUAUUGGUGAUCUAAAGAAAGAAUCUCAUGCUUUCCAUGAAUUGGUUAUCUCAAAUGGUGGUGAUCCAGGAGACUGGUUCCCGAAGAUGUCAUCCAUCCUCAAGAAGUUAAAGGAUUAUGUGCAAAUGGAAAACCCUGAAGCUGAUAAUUCUGAGCCUGAACAUGGUCUAAUUAAGCACCGAUCUCCAGUUAUUCCUGAUGAUUUCCGAUGCCCAAUAUCUCUAGAACUGAUGAAAGAUCCAGUUAUAGUCUCUACUGGACAGACCUAUGAAAGAUCAUGCAUCCAGAAAUGGCUGGAUGCAGGACACAAGACUUGCCCAAAAACGCAGCAGACUUUGUCACAUACUGCACUAACACCUAACUUUGUUUUGAAGAGUUUGAUUGCUUUGUGGUGUGAAAACAAUGGUGUUGAGCUGCCGAAACAUGAAGGGACUUGUAGAAACAAAAAAGUUGGUAGCGGUGUUUCAGACUGUGAUCGAAUUGCGAUUGUUGCCUUAUUAGAGAAACUGGCAAAUGGGAAUCUUGAGCAACAAAGAGCAGCUGCUGGAGAGCUUCGUUUACUCGCAAAGAGGAAUGCAGAUAACAGAGUAUGUAUUGCAGAAGCAGGAGCCAUUCCACUUCUUGUGGAGCUUUUGUCCUCCACAGAUCCUCGUACACAGGAGCAUGCUGUUACAGCGAUUUUAAACCUUUCCAUAAAUGAUAGUAACAAGGGAACUAUUGUUAAUGCAGGAGCUAUACCAGAUAUAGUAGACGUGUUAAAAAAUGGAAGUAUGGAAGCAAGGGAAAAUGCAGCUGCAACCCUUUUUAGUUUAUCUGUUAUAGAUGAGAAUAAGGUGGCAAUAGGAGCAGCUGGGGCCAUCCCAGCACUUAUAGAUUUGCUCCGCGAGGGGACUCCUCGAGGAAAGAAGGAUGCUGCCACUGCUAUUUUUAAUCUUUCAAUUUAUCAGGGAAACAAGGCAAGAGCUGUAAGGGCCGGUAUUGUGCCACCUCUGAUGCAGUUGCUUAAGGAUGCUGGAGGUGGAAUGGUGGAUGAGGCAUUGGCAAUUCUUGCUAUUCUUGCAAGCCAUCAAGAAGGGAAGGUAGCAAUUGGCAAAUCUGAGCCAAUUCCUGUUCUAAUAGAGGUCAUUAUGACUGGUUCCCCACGCAACCGAGAAAAUGCUGCAGCCAUCCUCUGGUCACUAUGUGCUGGUGAUUCACAGCAGUUGAAGUUAGCAAAGGAGUGUGGUGCAGAAGAAGCACUAAAGGAACUGUCUGACAGUGGCACUGAUAGGGCCAAGAGAAAAGCUGUAAGUUUAUUGGAGCUCAUUCAACGAGCCGAUGUGGUGGUUAAUCAAAGUUGUCUCUGAAUAUUGUGGCCAUACAUCAGAAGAUCCCCAAGAAAAACCUUUAUCUGGUUAAGUUACCUGUGAAUUAAUGCCUUUACUAUUAAAUAUGUAUAGAUCACAGCUGGAAAGAGUGAAUGAUGCAACUUGGUGUAUUGGCAGCUUAGGUGAUAAUCAUCAAUGAUCAUUGAGCUUCUGAAUUGGUUAGGCACUAGGGCUGUGGUAGGACUUGGUCUCUUUCAGGUGCAAUAUCUCAUCCAUGAUCUCACCAAUUUGUGUACACUUGAUAUAGAAGUUGAAGUUCAUACAGAGAGAAGGUGAGCAAUUCUUUUUGUUGGAACCUGGUGGUGUUUAAACUAGAAAGUCUUGUAAGUGUACUAUAUAUAUUCCUGUAAUUAAAGUGGGUGUAUUUUUAGAAUGGAUUGCAAGCUGAGACUUGUUUAUGUGUCUUUAUGGCUCUUGUAGAAUGAUGUUUUGAUCAAGAUGUUGUUUUAUAUUAUUCUCCAUUAAAAAUC